UUAUUUCGUGAGUUGUCUAGCGAAGGGGGUGUGCAAACCGCUAGAAUCAGUUUUCAUUAUUUUUGCCAUAUUUUGCUUGCUUUGGACCACCCGAAGAAAGUGCCAAAAUGGGAUGCGAUGGUGGCACCAUCCCACGAAGAGACGAGCUAGUGAGGACAAAGAAACAGGGUGAGCAAAAAGACAAAGAUUCUGUGAGAAAAUUUAAGUGGCAUAACUGUACUAUCAGCCAAAGCAAGUUAGAGAAGCCCAUUGUGGCAUGCGAGUUGGGAGGCUUGUACAGUAAAUCAUCAGUGCUUGAAGUGCUGCUGGAUAAAGAUAGCAAGCCUGUCUCGGCUGAGCACAUCAAGGGCCUGAAGGAUGUCAAAGUCCUGAACCUCACUGAGAACUCGGCUACUUCAGUUGUGCCACAUAAGGGUGAUAGCACUCUGGACACAGAGGCAUCAGAGUACAUAUGUCCUGUUGUAGGCCUGGAGAUGAAUGGCAAGUACAGGUUUGUUUUUCUAUGGACCUGUGGAUGCGUAUUCUCGGAACGGGCCAUCAAAAUGGUCAAGUCAGACACCUGCCACCAAUGCAACAAGCCAUUCACUGAUGAUGAUGUCAUAGUUCUGAACCCUGAUGAUGAUGAGCUGGAAUCAAUGAAAGUGCGGAUGGAGGUGAGGCGGGCCAAGGCCAAAGCCCUGAAGAAGUCCAAGAGGACAGCAGAAGGUGAUUCUGUGACUGUCAGUGAACCACUGGCAAAGAAGAAAAAGGUGGACACAGAAAGGAAGACAAAGGUGCUCGCUGGUCCCUCUAUUAAUCUACCAAAUAAUGGCAAACUCAUGGAUCCUGCUUAUGCAAAGGCAUCAGCCUCAUACAGUGUUGCCAGGGAUGAGCAGAAGACAGAAGUGUAUAAAUCUCUGUUUACCUCUCAUGAGUCUGCCAAGACCAGGCAGACAGCUCACUGGGUCACCUACAAUCCCUUGUUCAACUGAACAGCAGCACUAGUGCAUAUGCUGCUGUACAAUGAGAUGUUCCCCCUCAUGAACUUGUGAUUGUGUCUGCAACCAUGCCUGCCAGGCCAAAGGCAGUGUUCAUCUGUAGUUGUAAAGUGAGUGUCUGAUGGUGUAAUUCAUGUGGUGUGCUCGUCAGGCAGUGUCUUGUAUGGUUAUGGUCCACUUAAUGAUGUCAAUGGUGUUUGUAGCACCAAGAGUGUGAUAUGCAUCACUGAAGUUGUAUUUGUAAUGUCAAAAACUAUUGAAUCUUGUGUAAUAACGACCAACAUCGGUGAGAUAAA